CCCCAGCGCAGGGGAGGAACGUCCCGUCAAACCUCUUUCUCUUUUCUUUCACUUUCGCAUCUCCUCACUUUUCCACCUUGACCUGACGCAAUCGAGUCCGUCGAUAUUCGACAUCGACAUCGACAUUGCUGUCGCAGCAAAGACAUCGAGACAUCGCAAUCUGAUAUCAGAAUCGAAGGAAAUCCAAUAAGUCCACUCCCACCAACAGCCCGCAAUGGCUCCUCUAGCAGAGAUGGCCAACCAGGUCCACGAGAUCGCCAAGCGAGGUCGUUGUGAUUACGUUGAUGCAUACGGCCGACCCUACUGCCUUACCCACUGGUACUACUACGGCCGCUGGGUCUUACUAGCCGUGGCGAUUCUUUGCGUCUUUCUCUCGGUCUACCUUAUGGCACGUAAAAAUUCCCGCCGCCGCCGCCUCCAAGGGGCGCAACCCAUGUAUGGAACUGGCUGGAUGGCUCCCGCGCCGCCCCCAUACUCGCCGCCCCAGUAUUCCGCCCAGCCACCACCGGGUAGCCAAGUCCCAGGAGGGUACUACGCACCGCCGAAUGGCCAGAAGGCGGACCAGAACGGCGAGUACGUUUAUGGCAACCAGCAAGAAGGUAUCCAACUCCAGCAACCGGCGAGCGCAUACCACAGAGGUGCGGAUGAUCAGUAUGCUCCGCCCGAGGGGCCACCGCCUAACCAGGCACAUCGUUUCCAGUGAGCUGGGGUCUGGUUCACAGGAAAACGGAACGUGAGACGAUGCGGGGGAGAUAGAGAUAGGUGACAGGCGACUAUCAACAAUUCGAAAACCCAUCGAUCGACCGACGAACAAACAGCUACGAAUAUAAUACCUAUGAAACAAAUGGGCAUGGAAGGAAAACACUGAAAGGACCUGCGCCGAG